GGGUGAGGCGUCAGAGGCAGAAGGAGCAGAGACAGAGCAGCUUGAAAUGGAGGCGUCAGUGGAUGACAUGUCGGAGCUGGAGAACGGGAUGGUGACAAUUAUUAGAGCUUUCCACAAAUAUUCCGGACACAAGUGCAAAUUGAAGAAGGCGGAGCUUAAGGAACUGAUCAACAACGAGAUGAACCACUUCAUACAGAAAAUCCAUGAGAACGAGACCCUGGACCAGCUGUUCACAGACCUGGACCAGAACGGAGACUUAGAGAUCGACUUCCCAGAGUUUAUCACUCUGAUCGCCAUGGUGACAUCCGCCUGCCAUGAGCUCUUUGUGCCCAACUACCACUAAACUAGACAGUCAUUUAGACUUUAAAGCUACUAUCUGCAACUUUAUCCCCUCGCCUCUCACCUCACCUCACCUGGCCCCUCCCUUCACCUGGCUCUUCCCCUCACCUGGCCCCUCUCCUCACCUGGUUCCUCCCCUCACCUGGUUCCUCCCCUCACCUGGUUCCUCCCCUCACCUGGUUCCUCCUCUCACCUGGUUCCUCCCCUCACCUGGCUCCUCCCCUCACCUGGCUCCUCCCCUCACCUGGCUCCUCCCCUCACCUGGCUCCUCCCCUCACCUGGCGUUUGUUCAAACUCUGUGUUCUCUGGUCUUCACUAUCAGACAGCAGUAAUGUGGACAGCAUGUGGUAAAGUAUGAGAACGGGGCCAAUUUAAUAACAGAUGGUAGCUUUAAAAAUCUCUUGGCUUCAGAGACAUGAAAAACUUUUAAAAAUUAAAGAUGUUGCCAUAAAAGUGUUUUAUAUGGCAUUGGUUGGGUUCACGUUGCAUAAAUUGAAAAUAAAACUGGCGCAAAUUCAGACCUGAAUGCUGUGAUAUCACAUAAUAUUUUGACAUUUUUAGCAUCUAGUGAAGGGUCUGCCACCUGCUCGUCUCCAUGGAGAUGCUAUUGCUUUGUUUGGAAUGUUCCACAGUACAGCAUUAAACUGUUUAUUCAGUUGCAUGUGGUUUCAUCGGAACUUGUGGUUUCAUGGUCUGGUGACAUCACUUGGAAACUUCAUGAAGAUAGAUCAGUUUAAUGCCAUGCUGUGGAACAUUCCGGGUAAAGCAAUAACAUUUCCCUUACAAAGUUACACAGUGCACCUUUAAGGGAUGGAUUAUGAAUGGAGCAACUUUUAUCUCUUGUUUUGAAUGCUCUACCUGAACAGAAACAACACAUUCUCCACAUUCUCUCCAUUCUCAGAACCAGAUUAAAAGCAGUUUUGUUUUGAACUUCUGUUUGUCAGCUCCACAUAACAAGUUUUACUGCACAGUGUCAAGAUUCAAGACCAAACCAGUUCUGUUUAUCUUUCAAUAAAAGUUAAUAUUUUCUUUUGCAUUCAUUUCACGUUCAACCAGUCCGAGACAUAGAAAUGAUAAAACACAAUGUAUUAAUUAACAUGAAAGGUGCAGUAUCCAACAGGACUGAACACGAUUGAUCACCUAACUGCUUGUUUAUAUCUUCAACUGUCAGAACGUUUAUGGAUCAUUUAUAACCAGUGGUGGACGGUAAUAAAGUAAAAGUAGUAAAGUGCAGGUACCUAAAAAUUCUACUAAAGUACAUUUUUACAGUGGAUAUUUUGUCCUUUUACUUCACUACAUUUGAGAGCAGUAUCUGUACUUUCUACUCCACUACAUCUUUUAACUGGACUGAAAAGUAAAAAGUACUUUUCAUAUGCUUUGGGAGGUUAUUUUCCACAUUCUGAAAUAACUUUUCGAGUUCAAGCUUUGGCUUCGAGCAAACAAAAAUACACAAAAUUCAUUAAAAAACAUUAAGAAAUUGAUUCAUGUUGCUACUGUCGACCAAAAUAUGUCUUAUUUUAAUCAAUAUCACUGCAUUUGCUCUUUAACAAAUUCACAACACUUAUGUGAAAUACUUUCUCUUAAAGUACAUUUUUAAAUGGGAACUUAAACACUUUUACUUAGAUUUUAUUCACGUGAUACUUUUACUUGAGUCAUUUUUAGCUCUGGAUCUGUACUUAUACUUAAGUAUCAUAACUGAGUACUUCAUCCACCACUGUUUAUAACUUUAAACUUGUUACUGUGUGAAAAUAUAGCCCUGAACAUUAUUAUUUCAGUGCAACUUUGCUGUUUUUUAAUGAUUUUUACGAAUUCUGUCUCGAUAUCGCCUUAUCAUUCCACACGACAGAUGGAACAAUCAUUUUUGUGGGUCAGUGUUUACCAUGGGACUUUUUCUUUUUACCAGUGGGAACAUUUGUUAUUUUUCUGAACUAUGAUCAAAUCUGAGCUGUAGAAGUUUGAAUUAUGAACUUCUAUGGCUCAUUAUAGAUACAGACCAACUAAAGUGUUGUUUUCUGCUGUUUAUUUAUUGCGGUUCAUAUUUUUUAACAAUAUUGUGCAUUUAGAAUAGUUUUUUGG